GGUCGCUGCAUCGCGUCGUUGUUUAUACUACUUUUACAGCUCACUGGGUGAACAAUGAAGCUCUCCAAUAUGCAGACGCAGUUGUUUUCAUUUUUAUUUCUGCUCUCAAAACUGGAACUAUCUUUGCAGAAAGAGGCUUUCAUUCAAUAUGUGUACACGGAAGUGGUGGGAAGGACUGACACGCCCGUGGCAACAAGGACGUUAAAUGGUAUCCCUGUCCCGUGGAAUUACUUUGGACCCGAUAUUCAACGUGACUCCGUAGUCAACACCGUGCACGGUCCGUUUUUUGAAACGUCAUUGAAGAUCAUAUUGGAGAGUUUUAACCACACCACAGCGAGUAAUCACACAUACCAGCGCAUACGUACAUGCAAGUUGGAUGGGUACAGAGUUGAGUGGGUGUCGGACCUGGUCCGGUACGACGGUGCUGACUACUUGAGACUGAGCGAGAGGACGGGGGUGUGGACGGCAGCGGUCCCGCAGGCAGAAGCUCUCCGCCGGCUGUGGGCGAGCGAGUCCGUGCCGACCCAACACCAGAGGCUUCGCUUGGAGAAGGCUUGCACAGAGCUGCUGCAGCAACUCGCCCGCGCCAAGCACUCCACGCCUGGGGGUCCAGAGAGGCAACCAGCGAUGUUCGUUUGGGUCUCAGCACUGGCAGUGCUGUCAAUGAUGGGGCUGUUGUUGAUUAGCUUCCUACUAUUUAAAAGACAAGUUUCCAAUGGCAAUGGAAAUCCUGGAGGUACUGUGGGAUCCAUCAUCCACUAUCCCCCAAAUGCCAGUCAGGUCACCCAUGGAUACCAGCCCAUCUGAAAUACAGACCAAGACCAAACUCAGUCAGGGUCACCCAUGGAUACCAGCCCAUCUGGAAUGGCUGCAGACCCAGACCAAAUCCUCAUGCUCACUUGAAAUACUGGCUAGAACUGUUACAACCCCACAAACACCCACCUCAAAAUGCUCAUAACCAAAUACCCACCUGCACACAGUUGUGAUGUACUUGUAUAAACAGUAAAGCUGUGCAGGAAUUAAAAGUUCAUUAUUAUUUCCUUAGAUUUUUACUGACAGGCUGUCAGCACAGGUAUGAUUGAUGUGAAGGAAUGGUGUGUGCUUUUGAAUAUUUUGGCUACAAACAGUUCCCAGUGCUAUCUACAGAGAUGCGUUAGCUUAGUGGUUAAUCAAGCACCGCAGCUUUCUUGAAAAGCUUGUAUAUAAUUGCAAUUAUUGCUGCUUUAAAUAAACCCAUCACUGUGCCAAAU